AUGACUACUCCUGCUCCGGAUAUGACCCCUGCUGCCAAGCGGACCGGGAGCCUCCCCUUGCGGUCCCGGUCGGGCUGUCUGACCUGUAGGACCAAGCACCUCAAAUGCGACGAGACAAAACCCAACUGCCAGCUUUGUCUCUCUCGUGGUAUUAAAUGCGGUGGGUACAACCGUGGCCUCAAAUGGUCUACCAAGCACGAGAAGCACGCCGAGCUGGCGGACCUCGACGUCCAGCUGUCGCCAAAGCAACAGGUUGGCGUUGCUGCUCCCAAGAGACGUCGCGGCCGUCCGAGACGGAAGCCACUGCCUGGAGAGACGUCAUCUGUGGCUUCAGGUUCUGCUGUCGCGUCAAAUCCUGGCGACACGAACUGGGGAUUAUUUUCCGAAUUUGCUUUUGAGAAGACGAUCCCGCCUGUUGAGGAGAACGACAAUGCUCAGCCGCCUGAUCUACCAGCAAAUGCCAUCUGCGACGACUACUCUCCCCCAUUUGACCUUGACAUCCCUAUCGGUGCUAUCGACAACCUGCAAUGGACUCAGGAUACCUUGGACUUGACGACCAAUGUAGAUGGCUAUUCUGAUGGUGGCAGCGACCUAUCUCUAUUCCCCGUACAACAAACCUACAGCCCGGUCUUCAUACCGCCUGCAGUAUCCGACGUCUCAACAUCGCUGGUCGAGUUUUGGUUCAGAGAUGUAUGUUCUCUCUGGUCGCAGUAUGAUUCUCCAACAAACUCCAACCGGACAUUGGCUACCGCGCUCUGGUCAUCUUCCGAAGCUGUCUCUACUAGCCUCCAGAGCAUGUCAUCAGCCUACCUCUCUUCAAAACUACCCCACAUGAAGAAGACAUCGAUAUUGAUGAUGAGCACGGCAACCAAAGCCAUCGAGAACGAACUCCAGGUUGUCAAGUCAUCUCCUCGUCUUGAUGUCGUGCCGUUAGGUUUGAUCUAUGGACUUUUCUGCAUAGGGACCAGUAUCUGCUGGCUCAACGCGACACAACUCGGGAUACCCUUUUUGAAGGAGGCCAAGGCUCUCUUGUAUCGAAUAAACCGACAAAAGCGAAGUCUCACAGAAGAUGAGCGACGGUUAUUACGCAUUUUCAACAAGAGCUGGACAUACUGCGAACUGCUCUUGUCGGUCGUUUCUGACACUAACCCUUACAACAUGUACGAGCUCGACGAGAUCGAUGAUGUUGGAGCCGAUGAGUAUCCCACUGCCGAGCCGGCUCCCCCGAUUGUGGACGAUGUACCUCAUCCCUGGACAGGCGUCUCGAAUACUGUCUCCCGGCUGUUUACGAAAACGAUGAGGCUUUGCCGCAACUAUCGCUAUCACCUUACACAUCCUGGUCUAAUGGCUAUGCGUGAUCACACGACAGCGUUGAAGCUCAUCGAAGAGGCAAAAUCACUAGAGGAGAAACUUCUGGGUCUGGACUUUGAAUCUGCGCCGACAAACAGCGAGACUGGAGAUCAAAAGACGCCCUGUCGACAUCUUAUCGAUGUUGCUGAGGCAUAUCGACUAGCGGGUUUGAUACACAUCUAUCAGACAUUCCCGGACUUGGUUCUACUAAGGCUACCGAGUCAUGUCUCAGUCCUCGACAAUGCUUUGAUUCCUUGGGAAGAGUGCAUCACCCCACUGAGCCUUCGCCUAGUCAAAUUGAUACAGCAGCUUCCUCCAGACUCUGGCAGCAAAAUGACGCAGCCUCUCCUCUGCAUCACAGCAGCCACGGGACUCAGAUUCGAUUCUUCGGACUCGGAUUCUGAGACCACAGGAUCUCCCCCACAACAACCCGCCCCGACCCCAUCACCCUUCAACCUGGGUGGCGUUGAAGACUGUAGCAUGUCGGAGUACAUUGGCCGUCUAAUUCAGUCAGAUGAGGAGAUUGAGCAGGUGACCACGAUCACCGAAUCACGCCUGAAGAUUGUUGAUGCCCGGUGUUUUCUACUCAACAGACUAGAUAUUCUCGAGACUGUGCUUCCGCCUAGGCCAAUUAUUGUGGCCAAGAGUCUUGUUCAGGCUAUCUGGGACGAGUAUGACAAAGAACUACCGGGAUUUGCGUCGACACAUUGGAUUGAUGUCAUGGAGAAGAAGAACUUGCGGUCGUUGUUCGGAUAG